CUGCAUCACCCAGAAUCGUAUCAUAAUUGAACAUAGUCGUAAAUGUGGACAGCAUGAUCCUAAUCUUUGUUUCUACAUUUUCUUUCAUGCCUUCAGUAUUCUACAAUACCAAUCCUUUCUUUAUAUUGACAAUAACACUUGAUUUCACAGGCCCUAAUAUCUUUACAUCAAUUUAUUUUGUCUUCCUACUCCUCUGGAUUUAUUUGGCCCAGCUGGAUGUAGUCGAGGUGGUUGAGGUCUACAUGUCUCCUGUUAUGGCGCGAAGAACCAAUGCUUAUCUAGUUAACUUUAUCAAUCACUUAUUCACAGCCUUCUUCACUGACAUGCCUCUUUCAGAAAUACAUACCGCCUAGACUGUUCCUGAUAAUGCCAUCAGAUAUUGCAGAUGAGAAUCUUUUGCACCUGUGGAGGCGGGCUUUUGCAGAAGAGCACUACUGCCACUUCUUCCGUUUUUCUGCCAGUUUUUCACCACACAUCCUCUUAAUUUAGGUUAGCUUGUACAUAUCCCAUGAUUAGAUUCCUCCUCAAUGAACAGAGAGUGGAAAGUUAUGAUCCCUUCUGGUUUAGUCUGGUGGAGGCAUCCAAGCCACAUCCUGAUUCACAUGUGGUCUAGUCUGAAGUCUUAGCUUUCGCAGCAUCUGUCCUAUUGCACCUGGAGCUAAGCCCAAUAAAAGAUCAAACUCUCUGUCCUGUUGCCAUCCCUACAGGUUAUACUUGCUUCCAUGCUUGGUCCUGGGGUGGUACAUGGUAGAAGUGGAAUGUAUGAGGAACCAUGCAGUUCACCCCAUUUCCUUUUAAUGAAUACCAUUAUUAAUAGAGGUGGUCAAGUGUACUAACAGUUUAGGUGACAUGAACUGUAAAGGUCUGGGGUCUCUUUUGCUCUGUCAGUGCACACUACACAUAGCACUUACACCAGGAGCAUAUGAAAAGUUUGGCUGUUCAUAAUUUUGCCUGACAACUCCCAUUAUUCCCUCUCAGUAUUGUUAGAAGUGAGGUAUUGUAGAAAUUGUAGUAGAGGGCCACCUCUGACUUCCCUAAUACAGUUGUAGAAGGUAUAAAUGUUAAUAAGUCCAUUUUGUGAGGGUUAGCCGCUUUCACUUUUAGAAUAAUUGAUCUUUGCUAUCUGUAGGUCUGCUGAAAAUAUAGUAGAGAAACUUUCACGUGCUUCCACCCAGUGAAUUAGAUUUGUUUCCAGCAUGGGCUGGGUCCUAGCUCACUGUUUCUUUUUGUUUGAACUGAGAUUUAGAAACCUAGUCCUACCUCAUAUACUAACAGAAUUCAAUGACACAAUUUUGAAAUCCUAAAAAGCAUCCCUUUAGGGCGAUGGGUAGUGGAUGGGAAGAUAUUUGAAGUCAGAUGAAUAGCCUUAUUCAAAACCAAAUCAAGUUUGCUUUAUCAAGUCAGAUUAUCUAUGCCCAUGCUUAGGGGCCCUCACUGGCACAGCGGGUUAAACCUCUGAGCUGCUCAACUUACUGACCAAAAGGUCAGUGGUUUGAAUCCAGGGAGCAGAGUGAGCUCCUGCUGUUAACCCCAGCUUCUGCCAACCUAGCAGUUCGAAAACAUGCAAGUGUGAGUAGAUCGAUAGGUAUCGCUCCAGCGGGAAGAUAACAGUGUUCCAUGUAGUCAUGCCAACCACAUGAUCUUGGAGUUGUCUACAGACAACGCUGGCUCUUCAGCUUAGGAGAUAAGCACCAACCCCCAGAGUCGGACACGACUUAGACUUAAUGUCAGGGGGAAACCUUUACCUUUUUAUGCCUAUGCUUAACCUGUUUCUCUCUGUCCAUGUGCCAAGAACAUGGGAGGGCUCUAGAUAUUCUUGAUCCAUAGCCAGCACAGAAUUCCCCUCAACCUCUUUUUUUUCUUCUUUUUUUUCUGUCCCCUGAGGUCAGGAAAACACUGACUGAAUCCUCAUGGAAGCUUGAUAUUGGAAGCCUUCCCCUCUGGAUGUGGAUGUUACUCUUUACUCUUAGGUCCCUUCUAUGCUGCCAUAUUAAAUGUAGAUUAUCUGCUUUGAAGUGGAUUAUAUGGUAGUGUAGACUCAUAUAAUCGAGUUCAAAGCAGAUAAUCUAGUUUAUCUGAUUUGAUUAUCUGGAUUAUGUGGCAGUGUAGAAGGGGCCAUAGAGGGGGAAAUUUGAAAUUUCCUGUAAUUCCUCAGUUGACCUCUCAUGAUAACCUCAAGGUAGCACCUGAAGAAGCUUAUUAGUUAAAUGGAAUUGAGUGUAUUUGCUUGGCUAAAGCCACUUGUUUAUUCUGUAAAACAUAUUUUUGUUGUCUCACCUUUGUAAUCCUCUUCCUUCUAGGGUGAAGCUAUGAUCUAUAUGGAGCCAGAAAAACAAGUCAUGUCAAGAUCUGCCGAUGAGUGUGUGGUGGCUCUUUGUGAUCAAUGGUACUUGGAUUAUGGUGAAGAAACAUGGAAGAAACAGACUCAUGAAUGCCUGAAAAAUCUUGAAACAUUUUGUGAAGAGACAAGAAGAAAUUUUGAAGCUACUCUAGACUGGCUGCAGGAACAUGCAUGUUCAAGAACAUAUGGAUUAGGUACUCGUUUGCCUUGGGAUGAGCAGUGGCUGAUAGAAUCUCUCUCUGAUUCAACUAUCUACAUGGCCUUCUAUACAGUGGCUCAUCUCCUACAAGGGGGCAAUCUCCGUGGACAAGGAGAGUCUCCAAUGAGGAUCAGGUAAGAAGGAAGGGGAAGGAAUUCUUAUCAUCAUUGUAACCACUUUCUGUUGAUUUAGUUAGCAUAGUGGAUGCAGAUCUUCACAUAUGUUGGAUCUCUGUUAAUAGACACUUUUCAGGACACCUGUAAAUCUAACCACUUUCUGGAAAAGAUAGUCAUCAGAAUUAGCCCUUAUUUUUUACUGUUACGUGUACUUUUGAUUUCCCAGGAAGUGAAUAAAGUGAUUGAGAAUUGGGGCAGAUGGUUUAUUGCGUCCCCCCCUUUCAUCUGCCAUAAAUAAAUUAGUAGUCACCAUCAGCUGUCUUGUAAACAAGGCGGGGCCUAGAGAGCCGCUGGCGGAGGAUUCAAAGAGCAUCCACGGGCUAGAGCCUCUCUUAAGGCCUACUCCGCGGCAAUGCGUGCAGCCAGAAAGUCCUUCUCGACCUGGAGAGUUGUUUCGGGUGGUCAGGGAGUUUCUCCAUCCCCUUGAGGGGGAGGGCCCCCCUGAUCACCUGACAACCCGAUGUGGUGUGUUCGCACAUCACUUUGCAGAUAAAGUCACUCGAAUGCGCUCCGACUUAGAUGCCGAUGUUAAUGCAGUACCAGAGGAUGUAACCAAGGCACCUGUCUGUCAGGUCUUCUUGGAUUCGUUUCGACUUGUUCAGCCUGAUGACGUUGACAAGGUUCUUGGUGCGUGAGGUCGACCACUUGUGUCUUGGACCCUUGCCCAACUUGGCUUAUCAAAUUGGUCAGUGGGGGGUUGGCUGAUUGGUUCACGAGAAUCAUCAAUGCCUCUCUUCAACAAGGGCAUCUACCAUCCUGCCUCAACAAACCAAUUGUAAAGCCUAUAUUGAAGAAGGCAAAUUUGGAUUCGUCUCUAUUAAACAAAUACCGACCAAUCUCCAACCUCCCAUUUUUGGGCAAGGUCUUGGAGAGGGUGAUCGCCUCCCAGCUCCAGGAAUUCUUGUUUGAGACCAUUUAUCUAGAUUUGUCACAGUCUGGUUUCAGGCCUGGUCAUGGGACUGAGAUGGCUUUGGUUGCCUUGGUGGAUGACCUCCGCAGAGAACUAGAUAGGGGGAGUGCAUGCCUACUGGUUCUCUUGGACAUUUCAGCGGUGUUCGAUACCAUCGACCAUGGUAUCCUUCUGGAGGCUCUCAGGAAUGGGUCUUGGGGGCAUUGCUUUGCAGUGGCUCCGCUCCUUCCUGAGGGAUCACACCCAGUUGGUGAAGCUGGGGGAUACCUGCUCGGACCCUUGGCCUUUGACCUGUCGGGUCAUGCAAGGUUCCAUUCUAUCCCCCAUGCUUUUUAACAUCUACAUGAAACUGCUGGGUGAGGUCAUCCAGAGUUUUGGGGUGCGGUGCGAUCUCUACGCAAAUGACACCCAACUCUAUUACUCUUUUCCACCGAACUCCAAGGAAGCCGCCCAGAUCCUAAACCCCAGUGCCUGACAGCUGUGAUGAACUGGAUGAGGGCUAACAAGUUGAAGCUUAAUCCAGACAAGAAAGAGGCCCUCCUGGUCAAUCAUGGGACCAAUCGGGGUAUUGGGUGGCAACCUGUGCUCAACAGGGUUGCACUCCUCCUGAGAACGCAGGUACGCAAUCUGGGGGUCCUUCUGGACUCAUCGCUGACGCUUGAGGCUCAGGUGGCCAGGAGCGCCUUUGCACAAUCAAAACUCGUGCACCAGCUGCGACCAUACCUCGAGAAGUCUGACUUGGCCAUGGUGGUCCAUGCCUUGGUUACAUCCAGAUUGGAUUACUACAGUGCUCUCUACGUAGGGCUGCCCAUGAAGAUGGUCCGGAAACUCCAACUUGUUCAAAAGGUCAGCAGCCAGGUUUCUAACCAGAGCUGGUUAUAGGGAGCAUACAAUGCCCCUAUUAAAGCAGCUCCACUGGCUUCCGAUAAACUGCCGGGCCCAAUUCAAGGUUCAGGUAUUGACCUAUAAAGCCCUAUACGGCUUGGGCCCUGCCUAUCUCCGUGAUCGCAUCUUACCCUAUGAACCGCCGCAGGCCCUGAGAUCAUCCGGGGAGGCCCUCCUCUCGCUCCCACCUUCGUCCCAAGCACGACUGGUGAGGACAAGGGAGCGGGCCUUCUCGGUAGUGGCCCCCCGGCUCUGGAAUCUCCUGCCGAAGGAGAUUAGGCAAGCCCCUACUCUGUCGUCCUUUCGCAAGGAGUUGAAAACCUGGUUUCAGUGGGUCUUUGAAUAAUUUUCUCAGGUGUACUGCCGACCCCUGGCCCGUAAACAUUCUGAACAAGGAUCAUCUAUCCCUAAUAACAGUCCAUGUCAACCCAUCUGAUUAUGUAUUCUUGUUCCUUCUGGUUAUUGUGAUUGUUUCUUAUGGUCUUCACUGUUUUACGAGUUGUAUAGGUCUUUAAUUUUGUUUAAUAAUGAGUGUAUUGUGUUGCUUGUAAUGUAUGCUUCUGUUUUUAUGCUUGUAAACCGCCCUGAGUCCCUUUGGGGAGAGAGGGCGGUAUAUAAAUUCUCUUUCUCAUGAGUCAUUUUUGAUAAUAACUCAAAGUAUAGUAUUAGCCUAUUUAUGGUCCACUACAGUUUGCAAUUAAUGGAUUGGCCAGAAGAAGGUGGGGCAAUGUUCUCUUUGAAAUGAAAAGAAACAUUGAUAUCAUGAUGAACU